AUGAUCCCUCCGGCGGUGGAGCCUCCUUCCGCCAGCUCUCCCAGGAGGGCAACGGAAGGACUCUUCUCACUCUUCUCCCAGUUGUCCUCUCAUAGGCUAGUGGGCCAGCCGUGGGCCAUCUCCUCCUUCUUACUCCUCUGCCUCCUGAUAUUCCUGAAAAUCCCUCCGUAUUUCCCCGCCGGCGGAGUCCGCCGGCCGCCGGUAAGCGCAUGCGACUACUCCUACGGGAGGUGGGUCGUGGACAAGAGCCGCCCUCUGAGGACCUACACGGAGGACUGCCCGUUCCUCGACCCGGGCUUCCGGUGCCGGAGGAACGGCCGGAGAGAUGACGACUACGUCAAGUGGAGGUGGCAGCCCGACCGCUGCGAUCUCCCAAGGUGCGCACGUUCGUCACAAAUCCAACCGUCCCCCGCCCAGUUCUCACCGACCCUCCCGCCUUAGAAGACGUAGCAUUAAUUGAGAAUACGGGCGCUGUUCUAUGAGAUGAUGUGAAUAAGUUUACGAGUUUAACCACAGAUUCAACGCGAGCGACGUGAUGGAGAGGAUCAGGAACGGGAGAAUCGUUUUUGCCGGAGAUUCCAUAGGGAGGAACCACUGGGAAUCCCUGGUUUGUCUGCUGGCGAGGGCGGUGGGGAACCAGUCGAGCAUCUACGAGGAGAACGGGAACCCGAUAACCAAGCACAAGGGCUACCUCUCCAUCCGGUUCUCCGGCCAUAAUCUCACUGUCGAGUACUAUCGGACCCCUUUCCUGGUGACCGUCGGCCGGCCGCCAGCGGACUCGCCUCCCGGCGUGAGGAAGACGGUGCGGGUUGACCGGCUGCACUGGCGGUCACGGCAGUGGGUCGGUGCCGACCUCCUCGUCUUCAACGCGGGUCACUGGUGGAACCGAGACAAAAUAUUCAAGAUGUGAGUGCUUACUUCCUCUGUGGGGCUGCUCCACCACACCGAUCAAUGCGAUAUUAUUCAAAGUAAUUCCACCGAUUAACGAUAAAUGAAGCAGGCACAACGGACUCGAUUAAGGUCUAACACCAACCAUAUAUAUAUAUAUAUAUACAGAUAUGGUUGGUAUUGGUAUAUAUAUAUAUAUAUAUAUAUAUAUUUAUUUAUUUUUCUGAUAUGAGGAUAGCGGCUGAUGCAGGGGUGUGUGUGCGUGUCUUUCAGGGGAUGCUACUUUCAAGAAGGGGACCACGUAAACACCACAAUGGAUGUGAGGGAAGCAUUCAGGAGGUCACUGCAGACGUGGAAACGGUGGGUUCUGCGAAAGGUUGACCAGCGGAGGAGCUACGUGUUCUUCAGGAGCUUCUCUCCGGUGCAUUUCAGGUGAGAAUCUCACAUGUUUCAGAAAGUAAAGUAUCCUUGGAGAUAUCGUAUUUUGCCGGUCGUCGUCAUGCUGCCGUGAUACAAUAGAAAUUAAUCUACGAUAAAACGAUGGUUUUCUCACAUGAUUAUUCUACGCUUUACUUUAUAGUUUUUUUAAAUAAUAAUAAUAAAAAAGGGUUUAGUGACAAGUGAUGGAUGCAGAAGGGCCAAGUAGGGCCGGACUUCAUGGAUGGCAGCCGUGGGCCAUCUUUGAGAACCCCAAGCUCAGCAAGAUCUGGCCGCUAGCAGCCAUAUUUCUAUAGAAGAUCGAUCUUCUUUGAGCAUAUCACUUUUAUCUCGCAUUACUUCCCGAGAAGACCCUCCAAAUAGUUCUUCUGUAGGUAUCCCUAUAGCUAUGCAUUUAUUUAUUUGUUGUGCAGUGGGGGGACAUGGGACAAGGGCGGCCAUUGCAACCUCAGCAAGGUCCCGGACACCAACUUGACGGCGACAGAACAGCCCGAACCGUGGACCAACCGGGCCAUCCUGAAGGCCGUCGAGCAGGUGGGCGCAGGAAAUGGUCGUGCCACGUUUCUCAAUAUUACCUACCUGACAUGGCUGAGGAAAGACGGCCACCCCUCGAACCACAGGGAGCCCGGCACGCCCGUUCCCUUCCCUCAGGACUGUAGCCACUGGUGCCUUCCCGGAGUCCCCGACGCCUGGAACGAGCUCCUCUACGCCCAUCUCCUCCUCAUGGGCAGGCAGUAG